GUUCUCGUAGUUACCGCCCACUUGUCUCGGGCUUCUCUGGCUCCAGGCGGUUCUUCGGCUCGGACCCUUUGAAUGGUUUUGGCGGUAUCUUCAUGUAGGACCUACUCCCCAUCCCGCCGGCCGCGGCUUGGCUUCAGCAUCAGGCCUCCUAACCAGCUCAUGUCCUUUCUGCUGUGUCCUGGACUCCGGAUACCUCUACUCUCAGUACUUUGUGCUCAGCCUAGGCCCAGAGCCAUGGCCAUCUCCUCUUCCUCCUGGGAACUGCCCCUGGUGGCUGUGUGCCAGGUAACAUCAACACCAGACAAGCAGCAGAACCUUAACAUGUGUGCUGAGCUGGUUCGAGAGGCUGCCAGACUGGGUGCUUGCCUGGCUUUCCUGCCUGAGGCAUUUGACUUCAUCGCACGGGACCCUGCAGAGACACUACGUCUGUCUGAGCCACUGGGUGGGAGCCUUGUGGGAGAAUAUACUCAGCUUGCCAGGGAAUGUGGGCUCUGGCUGUCCUUGGGUGGUUUCCAUGAGCGUGGCCAAGACUGGGAGCAAACCCAGAAAAUCUACAAUUGUCAUGUGCUUCUGAACAACAAGGGGUCAGUGGUGGCCACUUACAGGAAGACACAUCUGUGUGAUGUGGAAAUUCCAGGGCAGGGGCCCAUGCGUGAGAGCAAUUCUACCAUGCCUGGACCCAGCCUUGAGUCACCUAUCAGUACACCAGCAGGCAAGGUUGGUCUAGCUAUCUGUUAUGACAUGCGGUUCCCUGAACUCUCUCUGGCAUUGGCUCAGGCUGGAGCAGAAAUACUUACCUACCCUUCAGCUUUUGGAUCUGUUACAGGCCCGGCCCAUUGGGAGGUGUUGCUGCGAGCCCGUGCCAUUGAAACCCAGUGCUAUGUAGUGGCAGCAGCACAGUGUGGGCGCCACCAUGAGAAGAGAGCAAGUUAUGGCCACAGCAUGGUGGUGGAUCCCUGGGGAACAGUGGUGGCCCGCUGCUCUGAGGGGCCAGGUCUCUGCCUUGCCCGAAUUGACCUCAACUAUCUGCGACAGAUGCGCCAACACCUGCCUGUGUUCCAGCACCGCAGGCCUGACCUCUAUGGCAGUCUGGGUCACCCACCAUCUUAAGCCUUUUGACUUCUGUGAGGUGAGACUCCCACUGUGAGCUAUGUUGCCAUGACUUUUGGGCAGGACCCAGGUGCAGCUCCCCUCGCUUGGAGAACCUUAACUCUCUUGAUGAAACACAGACUCAGCUUCUCGAGAAAGAAGAAACUGUCACCUGAGCUCAGAUUUCAGUUUCAGAAAAGUGGAAUUUUAUAUAGCCACUGUUUAUUUCAUGAAAACUGGAGUUACUCUAAGGUCUGAGCAGCACUGCCAUUGAAAAAAAUAUAAUAAUCAUAAAAUCUGUGUUUGGACAUCUCCUUUGGAAAUUGCAAAGAGAAGUGGUAUUGUACCUGCUGGACUUGGCUCCAGUUCUAGGCUUCCUGGCUCAUUCAACAUACCUCCCUACCUAAAUAAAAGUGCAACACUCA